AUGGCAGCUUCUACCUCUAACAAUUCUUCUGAAGCUGCAAUACAUGGUUGGCAUCUUAUUCAUCUUGAUGUCAACAAUGCAUUUUUAUAUGGAGAUUUAGAUGAGGAUGUUUACAUGAAGUUACCACCUGGAUAUCUUCGAAGGGGGGACACUAGACAGUCCAAGUCAGACUAUUCCUUAUUCACAAGGAAAGAAGGAAAUGUUUUUGUGGCUUUGUUAGUAUAUGUUGAUGAUAUACUCCUAGCUAGUAAUGAUAUGUUAACAGUGGAGGCUAUUAAAAUUGAUCUCAAUAAUCAGUUCAAGCUUAAGGAUCUUGGACCUGUUAAAUAUUUUUUGGGGAUGGAGGUUGCUAGAACAAAACAAGGCAUUUCUAUCUAUCAAAGAAAACAUGCCUUAGAAUUAUUAGAUGGUGUUGGUUUGCUUGGUUUUAAACCAGUAAACUUUCCUAUGGAUACUCAUUCUAAACUCAGCAAAGAAGAUGGAGAAUUAUUGGAAGAUGCUACAACCUAUAGAAGACUUAUUGGCAGACUAAUAUACCUUACAAACACAAGGCCAGAUAUCACAUUUUUUGUUCAUCACCUAAGUCAGUUUCUGGAUCAUCCUCGAAUGCCACACAUGCAAGCUGCUUUGAGAGUUUUAAGAUACAUCAAAAAGGCUCCAGGAUAUGGACUUUUCUUCUCGGCAUCCUCUUCAAUUCACAUAAAAGCAUUUGCUGAUUCCGAUUGGACUAGCUGCCCUGACACAAGAAGAUCAGUUUCUGGUUUUUGUGUGUUUAUUGGAGAUUCACUUGUAUCUUGGAAAUCAAAGAAACAGAAGACAAUCUCAAGGUCAUUUGCUGAAGCUGAGUAUAGAUCUAUGGCGUGUGCAGGGAUGGGGGAACAAAUUGGUGGUUCUGUUGAGAUUGUAAAGGGGGUCGAUGUACAGGCAAAUGGGUUGGCUUGGGGUAGAGUUUUAAGGCUGAGAGCUACGCUAGGGAAUCGCAAAUGGUUUGAGAGAAGGGGGGAACAUAAGAAUAAUGAAUCUGGGAAUGAAGAUUCACAAGGUUCAUUUACAGGUUCAAAGGGUAAGGAGGAAUCACCUGAUGGUGGGGAGAGGGAGAAGGUGGUUGAGGGAAAGAGUGUGGAAGGGGAGAAGGAAGGAGUGGAAAUUGGGAUAGAAGGGGACGACUAA